UUACUCUUUCACUGUCAUUGACUGUCCUUAUCUAAUCAUACAAACGCAUAAUGUCAAUCUCUGUCUCAUUUUAACAUUAACCUCACUGUUCACUUCAGUUGUGUUUACCAAGGAGUCACGAAAAUAGUUUAUAUUUUUAUAAAAUUAUGCUGGUUUUAAACCGCAUCAAACAACUUUCAAGUGUGACAUUCGCUAAGUUUGAAAGAAAUUAUCACAAUUUCAAUCCUCGUCUUAAACCAAACUCGCUAAGCGCAGUUUUGUAUAAAAGUUUUGUUUCCCAAAGAUUUCAUCCGAAUACCUGCUGGAAAUGUGGUUUAGAACGGAAAAGUGUAGCAGGAUUAUUUUGUGAUCAGUGCAAAGUACUACAAACUCCAUUGGAAACCAAAAAUUUUUUCAGGAUAUUUAAUUUAGACGAGAAAUUUGAUAUUGAUGCUAAGGAAUUGCGUAUGCAGUACAGGAGGCUUCAAGCUCAGUUGCAUCCGGAUAAGUUCACUCAGAAAACCGCUGAAGAAAAGGAAAUAUCUGAGUCAUUUUCAUCAUUAGUAAACAAAGCCUACAACAACCUGCAAUUUCCCUUAAAAAGGGCUGAACAUUUACUAGAAUUGAGAGGUGACCAGCUGAAUGAAAAGGAAAAUGCUGUGGACGAUCCGGAAUUUUUAAUGGAAAUGAUGGAAUUGAACGAAGAACUCGAAAACACAACCAACGUGGAAAAGCUCAAGGCACUCAAUAUUAAAAACAGAACUCAGCUGGAGAUUAUCACUAAAAAUAUCGAUGAAUGCUUCAAGGAAAACGAUUUGAAACAAGCCAAAUACUUUGUCAUAAAAAUGAAAUACUAUACAAGCUUGGGAAAUAGGAUAAAUGCCAUUUUAAGGGAAUUAGGAAUAGUUGAUUAAGGAAAUUGUGAACGAUUCAAAAGCGGGCUAAGUUGCAAUGACUAUUAACUGGACAUGAAUAAUGUGAUAUAAUUAAAACCAAAAUAAUUAUUUUAUUUGUAUACAAA